GACAAAUGGGAGCUGCUCAGUACAAGCGGGAAGUCUGUAGAACUUUACCAUCACAUCAGCCUGAUGACAUUGGACAGCAUUCUGAAAUGUGCCUUCAGUUUUCACAGCAACUGUCAGCUUGGAAGUAAUAACUCAUAUAUUCAGGCUGUCUAUGAACUUGGAUUCCUUGCAAGUGAACGAUUUAGAACCUUCCAGCAUCAUUAUGACCUUAUCUACUACCUCACCCCUAAUGGAAUCAGAUUCCGGAGAGCCUGCAAUUUGGCACAUGAACACACAGAUAAAGUAAUUCACCAGAGGAAGGAGGCACUGAAAGAUGAAAAGGAACUUGAACGAAUCAAAGAAAAGAAGCAUCGUGACUUCUUAGAUAUUCUUCUGUGUUCACGG